CAGUACCGUUUUAUGCAGUCUGUAUGUAUAUGUUUAUUGAAAAUGGCUGAACAAUGUACCCAGUGAGAGUAACUAUUUUUACAUUUGUGCUAUGUUUAAGUUUAGUGGCGUGGUGAAGCAAUAUUUAGUGACUUUGGACGUACCAAGUUAACAAGCAAUUGCGGAGAUAUCUCACAAAGAAAAAUUGUUCUACAUAUAAAGAGAGCCGAUCGUCGUGCGGCGGAGGCGGCGGCUCCGAGGGCCCGGAGGGGCGCGCGUCGUGGCGCGUCACGCUGGACCACGACCUCGUGGAAACGCUGAGCGCCAUCUACCCCGAGUGGUUCAAGCCGCAGCACCGACGCGAGCGCAGCCGCGCCGCCUCGCCUGCCUCGCCCGCCUCCACCACCCCCACCUCGCCGGGCACGCCCGCCACAUCGCCGAACGACGACACCUUCAGUUCGGGCGCAGAGGAAAUGGCUAGCCGCCAGGCGGGCGGCGGCGAGCCGGCAAGCUCGCCGCCGCGCGUGUCGCCGCCGAAGGUGGUCGUGGACGACAGCCCGCUGCAGCCAGCCAUGGGCAAACAUAAGGAAUCAUUGAAGGUGAAGCUGAUGAUGAGGAGACCCAUAAACCAGCUGGUGGCGCAGGGGAUCAUGCCUCCACUUAAGACGCCACCCGCUUACUUCGAACAGUCGAAGCAACUAGAGAGAGCAAAAACUGGAGAUCUGCUAAAAGCCAAAAUCCAGCGACGACCAGAUCGUCAAGAACUUGAGAGACGGCAUAUUUUGGAACAGGAGAGCCAUGUGGACCCGAGCCUCGCGGAGAAGCAGCGCAUGCUCAAGAAGGCUCGGCUCGCGGACGCGCUCAACGACCAGCUGUCGCACCGGCCCGGGCCGCUCGAGCUCAUCAAGAAGAACAUCCUGCACACCGAGCAGGACAUCGAGACCGCCGUCAAGUCCGGCACCCUCGCCUUCCGCGCCACCUCCGAGGGCGCCUCCGGCCGCCCCGAGCACCCCUCCUCCUACUGCGGGCCCCCCGAGGACAUCUCCCCCUCGCCCUCCCCGCCCUGCCUCCUCUCCCCCGCGCCCUCCCCGGCCCCCGUCCAACACCCCGCCCCCGGCAAAGCCGACAAAAACCGCAAGAAGACCAAGCAUAAGCAGCAGCAGCCGAAAGCGCGCUUCAAAUUCCACGAAUACAAAGGCCCCCCGAAUGCGCAUAAAGCGCCUUCGCCCCCGGACUCGACCGAGACGCCGUACGAGCUGCUCCUCCAACAGCAGCAGCUGCUCCUGCAGUUGAUGCCGGCGUCGCCGGCGCCGUCUUCCGCUUCCAUCGCGUCGGAUUCCUCGGACGCGUAUUCGGCGCCCCCGCCCCCGCCGCCGCCGCCGACGCCGCUGCACGUUACGUUGCAUCACGUGCCGACGCGGUACGAAGACAUGAAGGUGUCCGACCUUCGGGCGGAAUGCAAGCGACGGAACCUGCGCGUGUCCGGACCGAAGCCGCAGCUGAUCAGCCGUUUGCGACCGUUCCUUCUGGAGAAGGGGGAGGAACCCCCGCGCUCGCCGGCGUCCGUCGCCUCGGUCGCCUCCGUCGCGUCGCCCGAGUCGCGCUCCGAGCCGGAGCCGGCGGAGGAUAUCGUGCAGUCCCAGCGGAGACAGAUCGAGGAGCUCGAGCGGAAGCUGGAGGCGUCGCGCCAGCAGUUGGAAGCGGUGAGGCGCGAGGCGGCCGGCGCGGCCGCCAGCGACCAGAGCCGGAGGCUUCUCCAGGCGCACCUGUGCGUGACGCAGCUGCGCGCGCAGCUGGACGCGCUGCAGCAGCCGGCCGCGCCCGCCGCCGCGCCGCCGCCGGCCGCGCCCGCCGCGCCGCCGCCGCGCUACGUGCUCGCCACGGCCGACGCCGCGCCCGACCGCCUCGUGCGUCUCUUCACCGUGGCGCAGCCCGCCGCCGCCGACGCGGUCGACCCGACCGCCGCCAAGACGGCCAACUACAUCCUGAACGGCGUCAAGGUGGUCCCCAUCGCGAUAUUACCCUCGCCGCAUUACGAACCCGAGCGCGCCGCCGCGCCGCCCCCGCCGCCGCCUCCUCCGCCGAUGCCGCUCCCGACGCUGCACGACCGCAACGAGGACAUGGACGACGUCAUCGAGCUGCUUGUGGAAAAUGGCGAGCUCCCGCCUUCGGUGGUGGGCGCGGCGGAGGCCCAGCCGAUGCGGACGGAGUUCUUGAGCGACAGCGCCGACGCGUUCUCGCCGGCCGAAGUUCUCGGAGACGGCCGGACGCGGGAUUCGCUCGCCGCCGACGAGCUGCAGCGCGAGCUCAACGACAUCCAGAACGAGAUCAUGAACCACGCCGAUCUCCACGCCGUCAACGGCAACCGCUGCGACAUAGACUCGACCACCGCCGACAUCGACCCGGAACUCAACGUGGAUUUACUGACGAACAACGAUUUCCACCCGGACUUCAGCUCCGAUCCCACGUCCGGCGACCACGACGACUUCUUCGGGCUGCUCUCCGGCGAGACGGACCACGCGGACGAAACCUCGCAGACCGCGAUGGACAUCGGCGAGGACCCGCCCGAGCGCAUGGCGAUGACCCCGCUCACCAACGGCGACAUCCUCGACCACACGAGAGCCGGCUUCGAGGACAUGGACGACCUGUCGCUGCCGUCCUUCCAGGAGGACAUGAUCCAGGAGCGGCCGUGCGAGUUCGACCUGAAGGAGUUCGGGAUCGACAUCGGGUCGAACAUGACGGUGGACGGCGACGCGUACGACUACAUGGACACGGAGCUGAUCCCCAACCUGUUCGGGCGCGGGCACGUGCCGCAGCGCGACCCGCUGCUGGGCGCCGUGCUGUCGCGGCCGCCGCCGCGCCCGGCGCGCAAGCACUACUCGUGGGACCGCAUCGAGUACGACGCCACCUGACCCCCCGCGCGCUGCCUGCGGUGUCCCCGUCUAACUAGCAAUGCGGGCGUCGUCGAAUGCCUUACUCGGUAGUUCAAAUUGUAUCGUUAAACAUAAUUUAUGCGCGUUCGGUGUCGUUUAAAAUUUAUGAUCUCUAGUAGUCGGAGUGACGUCGCGAAGUGGAGUGUGACGCUAAUUUUAUUCGCCGCGUAGCGACCCGCGCUAGUCUCCGGUGUCCCGUUCCUUCGGGAUCGGGAUCCUUAGUAUUGACUAGAUAGGAGGAGUUCGGUGAUGUUUAAACACAUAGUGUUGGCAUCGAUAGAGUUAGUUGUAGACUUUGGUGUUUUGUACUUAACAGUUGAGGCGACUCGUUUGUACCGCUAGUUGAUAAUAUAGUCUAAUUAUUCAUUAUAUCGUUAUCUGAGCGUCGCCGUCAUCGCUCGGCGCUCGACCCUAUCGAAUCCAUUCUAUGUACUAUUACUAGUGUGUAUAGGCAUUGUCUACUUAUGUAUAUAUUGAAAGUAUAAUGUAAUAAUACUCAACAUAGUUGUGGAUUUCUGCAUUCCGCCCGAUGACUUAAAACGUAAGGGAAAUUUAUCAUUAGGAAAGAUGUUUCUGUCGAGGCACCGACGGUCGAUCUUCGAGACACCUGCUACGUACACGUCGUGUUAAUUAUUAUUUAUUUAAUAUACAAAUUCAUGUUCUGUUAGUUAACAAAAAUGCUGUAUGAUGCCUCUGUCGUAUGUGAAGCUAUUUCCCAAAACAUUGUAUGACAUUCCAGUCUUGUUGAAGUGCAACAUGCAGAGCCCCUGCACUCUAGCCUCUGUCGACAAUAUAAACAGCGGAACCAAUAAUUCGUGCAAUAAUUUGUCUGAGCAUAUUUGUGACAGUAAGUUAUUUGGAGAGAGUUUGAUAAUUGCACGUUGACAAGCCAUCGUCAUGGGUGGGACCAGCUCGGGAACAAAGUUAGAUACGAAUCAUUUAGUUAAAGCACGGAGCCGGCUCCGCGCGUACAGACAAUUACACGGCAGGCCGAGGCAAGAGUUAUUAAACAUCACUUUCUUCCUUUAAAACUUCGCGUAAUGCAUAUAUAAUCCUUUUUUUGAGUUAAAGUCAGCUUCAGAAGCAGCCUCGCAAAAUGUCUUGCUUAAAAUCUGCACGAGCCCAUUGAACUAUUAUUACUACGUAUGGAACCGGCACAGCACAGAGAACCGUCAUGAGUUGUUGCCGGCCGAGAAAAAAAUAUGGAAGCGGAGCGUCAAUCUCGCGAUCUAAACGCGUAAGCGCCAUGAUUUUCACGGUCGCGUGGUACAGGUUGCGAUUACGACAAUUUCAUUGUUUAAUAUGGCUUCUCUAUAGUACCUAAUAAUAUUUUAUUGACGAGAGUCGUUACAGAUAAUUUAAUUAUGUGCCUACAUCGCUCGCGUGGCUGUUUUUGCAACUGACUGUAGAAAAUCAAAAUGUUAUAACAAUUUAUUGUAUUGGAGAGUGUAAUUAAACAUUGUCCUUAACAUUUUGUUUUAACUAAAAGGAUUCUUACGUAAACAUUACAUUCUUGAAAAUAUAUCAUUCCAAUUUAUUAUUGUCUAAAGUGUAGGAUAGGUGAACCAUUAUAAGUAAGUUGCUGUUUGAUUGAACUGCGGAGGCGGUAUUGUACAUUCUUUCUUCAAAUCCCUCGCCUGUUUGUGUAAUUGUUUGGCUGCAUUAUUUAUAAUUAUUUAUUUCAUUAUUUGAUGGUGUACCGUUUGUUUUGAUCGGGUGUGUUCAUUGCGAUAUGUGAGGUCUUCACUAAUUUAUUUGUGUUAUAUUAACUAUAUAGUUACGUUACUGUCAUAACCCUAGUGUAACCAGAACAAGAGCGAAAGGAAACAUAGUUUUAUGAAAGUAAAUUGCCAUUAAUUGCAUUUAUGUAUAAUGUUAUCAGAAUACCUUUAGAACAACGAAUGUGGCGUUACUGCCCGCUUGUGCCAAUCUGUUUAAAUAAUUUUAGAUUCAUCUUCCGCUUUGUGAUAUAUAUAACAUGCAUAAUCUAUAUUUAUAUACAAAUUAUAUUACCUAAUCUGGGCUUUUUCUGCACAUAUAAAUAUAUAGAGAUUGGUCUGAAUUAUUAAAGCUGGUGGUUUAAAUAUGUGACCGUACUUUAAAAGCGCUUGUAUUUUGAAGUGCAGUCAUAUAAGGGUUGGUGCUAAUAGAAUGUAAGGUAACAUUGAUUUAUAAAGUAUAAUUUUUAGGAUGUACGUAUACAUAUACAACCCAUGUACUUGUAUGUGUGGCUCUAUAAAUUUCAACCACUAAUAUCGUAUUUAUCACCUGCAGAGAAUUAAGUUAUUUUGCCAGUCAAACCAAUAAGCAACACAACGCUAAACAGCUGGUACAAAUAUCAAGUUGCUGUUUGGUUAUUAAGUAAUCUGUAAACAUAAGUAAUAUUCCAUUAUCUAAGUAAAUUUUAACAAUACCCUUUAGAUUUAAAUAUUUAUAAAAAUCUAUUUGCUCAUUAUCUAAAAUGUACCUACACUGUAUAGCCAAUGAUUGGAGUCAACGUGCGUGGUAGACGUAUAUUUCCAUUUGUUGUUGUGUACUCGUAAUCGACUUCCACAUUUAACAAGCUUGUGUGUUUCAUGGCUUUCAUACUCACUCUUUUAAGAGUUAGUUUAAAUGUAUUUAACGAGAAACUAAGUGAGAUUAAUGUUUUGAUAAAUAGUAUUUAUGUAUCUGCAUAUUUGUUAUUGUUGUAAUUAUUUUAGGAAAGUUUUAAUAUUUGUUUUAACUAGAUUAUAUUCCGAAGUGAUAAAUAAAUCGUGCUGAAUUUAACAUGCGUACUUUAGCUCUCUGUAAUGCGAGUAUUUAUACAUUAAGUAUUAUACAUUGGCUUCAAUCAACAAUAUCAAUUACAUGUAGCUAUAUUGGUUUGGUAUAUUUUCGCAAAAGUCGAAAUAAGUAGUCAGGGUCGUCACCAAAUUUACACCUUAUUUCAUUGUAAUUAAUUUGAAAAAUGUAUACACAUUUAUGACCGUGACUAAUGCUGAACUAUUUUUGAAUUAUACCUAUUAUCGCAAUAAACCAGCUUAGAUAUCAUUUUUAAUUGAUUUAAGUACCUAAUAUAGCGUACACAAUAUUGGGCUUAAAGCCCGAUUUCUAAAAUAAGAUAUAAAUCAUAGAAAAACCAAUAAUCAAUAAAUACGUUGUGAUAGAGUCGAUUCUAUGGUAAUCAAAGUUUUAUACCUUGCCCUGUAUUUGAAGCCUUGUGUACUAGCUUAAGGAAAGAAUGUUACAUUAAAAGUUUUGACACAAAUAAA